UUUUAGGUCCAUUUGCCUCCCAGUGGCGUUAUACGCGUUUAGUCGUAACUCUAAUAAACGCAACGAUGUCGGGAGGAUUAGACGUACUAGCCCUCAACGAGGAAGAUGUCACGAAGAUGUUAGCAGCCACAACCCAUCUCGGGUCGGAAAAUGUCAACUUUCAGAUGGAAACAUAUGUUUAUAAGCGCCGUGCGGACGGUACACAUGUCAUCAAUCUUCGCCGAACAUGGGAGAAAUUAGUGCUCGCCGCUCGUGCUGUGGUGGCUAUUGAAAAUCCAGCAGACGUAUUCGUUAUCUCGUCUCGUUCUUUUGGACAGCGAGCUGUUCUCAAGUUCGCAGCACACACAGGCGCAACGCCAAUUGCAGGACGUUUCACUCCUGGUGCAUUUACUAAUCAGAUCCAAGCUGCAUUCCGUGAGCCACGUCUGCUGAUCGUACUCGAUCCUGCUCAGGAUCACCAGCCUAUUACUGAAGCUUCAUAUGUCAACAUUCCAGUCAUUGCUUUUUGCAAUACUGACUCACCACUUCGCUUUGUUGACAUCGCUAUCCCAUGCAACACCAAGUCAUCUCACUCCAUUGGUCUCAUGUGGUGGCUUCUGGCCCGUGAGGUACUACGUUUGCGUGGUGUUCUUGCGCGCGAUCAGCGAUGGGAUGUGGUUGUAGAUCUAUUCUUCUAUCGUGACCCUGAAGAGAGUGAAAAGGAGGAACAACAAGCUAAGGAACAGGCUGUAGUGGCAGCUAAGCCCGAGGUGACAGUGCCAGUGCACGAAGACUGGAACGAGACCGUCGAACCGGUCGCGUCUUGGGCUGAAGACGGCGCCCCUGCUGCUCCCGCACCAGCGUUUGGAGCUCCACCAGCACAGGAGGACUGGGCUGCUCAGGUACAUGACGAAUGGGGGACUGCUGCUGCUGCUGCUGCUGCUACUGCGACAGGCGCCCCCGCGGCUGCACCCCCAGCUCCGACCCCAUCGUGGGGAGGCUCUACUGACUGGAGCGCUUCGUAAACUUUGCGUUAUAAUCUGUU